AGCCGGGAUGGAGCGGGAUGGAGCCGGAAUCGAGCGGGAUGGAGCCGGGGUGGGGCCUGGAUCGAGCCGGGAUGGAGCUGGAAUCGAGCGGGAUGGAGCUGGGAUCGAACCGGGAUGGAGCCGGAAGGAGCCGGGAUCGAGCGGGACGGAGCCGGGAUCGAACCGGGAUGGAGCCGGAAGGAGCCGGGAUCGAACCGGGAUGGAACCGGGAUCGAACCGGGAUGGAGCCGGAAGGAUCCGUCCAGGAGCGUGAGCACUGUGGAGAAAGUGGCGGCUGGCUCUGUCCCAGUUCCUCAGGUCCUGCCACUUGGAAUCCCUCUUCCAGGGAAGGCUAAACAUGAAGUAGACACAAAUACUCUUCUAGAAAUGAAAUCAGGUCUGAAUAAGAGCUUCGAAUCCAGGACUGGUGAUUGUAGGACAGAUUCACCAACCUGGUCAUCCAGACAGCUUCUUUCCUUACUCCAACACAGCGGCCUCAUGCCAGAACCACACUGCUUUCCCAACAAAGACUUUCCAGCAGACUCCAGUCCCUUCCAGAACAUGGCAGGGUUCUUUUGGGUUGCUGCCAGGGCAUGUGGCUUCCCCAGCUUUCCCAGGCCAAGGGGCUCCCUUUCCCAUCCUCCGCAAGUGUUCCACAGAGGUCACAUACACUCUCCAGACCGUGUUCUAGCUUCUGCCACUUCAGCGAGGGGCUCCAGCUGGUGCCGCUUCCCUCGCACAACACAGCAGCUGCGUGUCUCCAGGGCAGUGGUCGCGAGCCCCCGAUCCAACACGUAUGGCAAAAGUUCUGCACUUGCUGCUCAAGAAGUUAUUGACAAGUGA